UUGAACUGCCGCGCUGCUGUCUUGCAAAAUACUCGCCGGCUGUUCGUCACCCAGAGUGCAGCUCAGUGUAAACAGAGACUAUGGCUGAAGAGGAGGGAGGUGGAGAUCAGAAUAUCAACAACAACAUGGGGAAUCAAUUACAGCUUUUACCGGUAGAAAAUGAAGAUGAUGAUGAUGAGAUGGAAAGGGAAGAUCACGAUAGUGACGAAGCUGAAAAACCAAACAUUAUGAACUUUGACACCAGUCUGCCAACGUCACAUGCAUAUCUGGGUGCAGAUAUGGAGGAGUUUCACGGCCGCACGGUGCACGAUGAAGAGAGCUGUCAGAUGAUUCCAGUGCUGUCGCACACCUCGGUGAUGCUGAUCCCUGGUCAGACCCUGCCGCUGCAGCUGUUCCGCCCCCAGGAGGUCAGCAUGAUGAGGACCGUGAUGCAGCAGGACAGGACCUUCGCUGUGCUGGCAUACAGUGAUACCGGUGAGCGGCAGGCAGAGUUCGGAACCACAGCUGAGAUCUACGCAUACAGAGAAGAGCAGGAGUACGGGGUUGAAACAGUGAAGCUAAAAGCGGUUGGAAGACAGAGGUUCAAGAUCCAUGAAUUAAGAACACAGGCUGAUGGAAUUCGACUGGCUAAAGUCCAGAUCCUGCCAGAAAGAAUCCUCCCUUCCACCUUGUCUUCAGUCCAGCUGAGUUCGCAGUCUAGACUUCAGAUGCACACGUCCACACAACCCACAUCCAAGCACUGCAGACAGGGCCAGAGGUGGUGGCAAAAGUAUCAGAAGAGGAAGUUUCACUGUGCAAAUCUGACUUCAUGGCCUGCGUGGGUUUACUCUUUGUAUGAUUCGGAGAUCUUAAUGAACAGAGUCAAGCGACAACUCCAUGAGUGGGAUGAAAAUCUCAAAGAUGACUCACUGCCAUCAAAUGCAAUAGAUUUUUCAUACAGAGUUGCAGCUUGCCUGCCCAUUGAUGACGCACUGCGUAUACAGCUGCUGAAAAUCGGCAGUGCUAUCCAGCGACUGCGCUGUGAAUUAGAUAUAAUGGACAGAUGUACAUCGCUUUGUUGUAAGCAGUGUCAAGAUACAGAAAUAACAACCAAAAAUGAAAUCUUUAGCUUGUCUUUGUAUGGACCCAUGGCUGCGUAUGUGAAUCCCCACGGGUACGUCCAUGAGACCCUGACGGUCUACAAGGCUAACAGCCUCAACCUGAUAGGUCGCCCGUCAACGCAGCACAGCUGGUUCCCAGGAUACGCUUGGACCAUUGCCCAGUGCCGAACCUGUGGCUCACACCUGGGCUGGAAGUUCACAGCUACUAACAAGGACUUGACUCCUCACAAGUUCUGGGGGUUAACACGCUCUGCUCUGCUGCCGACAAUCCCCAAGACAGACGAGGAGGAGGAGGAGGGACAGGAGGCCUCCAGGCUUUUGCGCCUGUAACUAGAUGCUGCAUGAAUAGAGAAAAACGAAAACGAACAAACGUUCAGCAAACUCAGUGCACGUCUUACCUGAAUCCGCUGGGGGCAGUGCAACUUCUGAAAAGUGAUAUCCAGCUUUCCACUCAACCUGCAGUUUAAUUUUACAGUUGUCAGAUUUGAGCCAGGUGGUCUUUAGUACUGGUUAUGUGCUUCUUGAAAUGUGCCAAGCUCUUCUGUGCAGGGAGUUGCAGAGAAUGUUUAGGCUUGUGAAGUGCAUCUUACUCAGCAAGCUGUGUUACUGUCAUAUCCCAACCAGGGCAUGCCACCUGUGCUGUAUCAUUUCAUAUUAUAGAAAGCUUUAAGUAAUGCUAUAGAGACACAGGACUUUAUAGAAAUGGUGUUGGCUGUAUUUUUUCAUAUGCCUUUUGUUUCGUUAUUCUCUUAGUCAUUCUCCUAUUUUUUGUGUUGAAUGUAUUUUUGUUUAGUCUCAGUUUCUCAUAUCCUUGAGAUAAUGCAACACACUCGAGCAGGUAGUUUAAUAAGAACUUGGUGUGGUUAGUAAUGUAGGGAAAGAACCCCAUUCGCUAGCCAUCUCUUCAGCCUGUGACCUGCGUCAGAUGUCUGGUUGUGUUCUCCUUGUGAGAGGACCAGCAACCUGUCACUGUGAUCUGUAACUAAUUAUUGAGGUACUGUAGGUGUUCGCUUUCAAGGUUGGCAGGCAGUGCUAAAGGGCAUGCUGUGUUGGGAUUCAAAUAAUAGAUGAUGGUAAAAUUAAAAGCAUUUGUAGGUCUAAUAUAUCUUUUAGGCACAGCUUUCAUUCAAGAAGCACCUUGUCAUGAGAAAAAGCUGUUCAGACCAGGAGGCUGUUUUCUGAUAAAACAUUACAGUAAUAAUAAUAAUAAUAAUAAUAAUAAUAAUAAUAAUAAUAAUAAUAAUAAUAAUAAUAAUAAUAAUAAUAAUAUCACAUUUCAAUAAUAACAAUAUGCUGAUAAUUAUGUUGUAAAUGGAAAUAGUUGUUCAUGUUUUGUAAAGUUUAAGUUGAUACUGCUUGAGGGAUUAAUUUAUUUUUUUGAGGUUUUGUGAUUUAUGUCUGAUUUAUGUAGGAGCAAACAUUCAGCACAUUGUUAAGGUGUAUCGUACAUGCACAGCUUUGAAUUCCUUUUAUUCCAAACUUAACAGUCAGAACACUCCUAUAUUUAAACAUGUGUGCUGUCAAUAGCUGUGGGAGGUAAGGUGGAGGAACUGCUGAAAACAUGAUUUGAAAUGUUAAUCGAAGAGAUGGUUUCUCAGUCACCAAAGCUGUUUCCUCUUACUUCUAUGUGCAGUUGUCCUCUGCAUCUACCAGUAAAGUUUACUUUGAACCUCUGUAA